CUCUACAACCACUCUCGUCAUUCACUCUGUUGUCGUUCAAUUUGGCGCAUUCGCCACUUCCACUGUGGCGUUUUGAGGGUUCGCUGAAGACCAAGAAGACAACUGACUACAAUCAUGCUGGCUCUUUUGAUCGCACUGUUGCCUCUUGCCGUUUCGUCUGAAGAAUGUAUAAAGCCUCAGCCCGACCCCACGUUCACGAAUGCCGCCUAUGAGGGCACUUGGUACGAAGUGGGCAAGAUCCAGACGCCCGGCGGAGCGGCGUUCCAGAAGGACUGCGUCUGUGACGCCCUGGUGUUCCAUUCGGAUGAGCCGGUGCAGGGAGACGGCGAAGUCACGUACGCCUGCCGCUACAAGACGGUGGACGGCAUCUUUACCAACAUGACGGCCGAUCUCAUCUACGAGGGCACGCCGGGAAACUUCAACCAGAAGUUCCGCUUCCCGUUCGCUCCUCUAACCGACUACAACCUGGUCCUGCUGGACGAAGAUGCCGCCAUUGAGUACGACUGCAGUCCUCAUGCUGACGGCACCAUCGACUACUGCAUCCACUUCAUCAGUCGCACCCCGAGUCUCUCCGAGGAACGCCUGCAGGCUCUGAUUGAUCUGGCGCUGGGGAUGGGUCUCAAUACGCAGGAUCUGGCGUACAAGGCGAACAUCCAGGACGGGUGCUGGCGAUGUGAGAGCUAGGCGAGGAGCCAUUUUCUAUGCCUCAAUGUGUGAUAGUUUUGACUAGGAGAGACAUGUCGACAAGGGAAGACGUUUGAAAUGUUGGUUUCAUUCUGUCGUAGAUGAUAUUCUGUGAAUGUUUUGCCGAGGCUAUGCUUUAUGUAUACCGUUCUUGGGUUUACGAUUUGUCGAUAGUAAUGAUGCGACGUUUGAGGCUGGUACCUAUCACAAGUCAUGACGUUUCUUUUCAACGACAUUACUUGCUGGCUACGGCUAGUGUACUUGACAAGAUGUAUGCUUUGUGUGGUAUGGUAUUGCACCAAAUAAAGCCACAAAAUAGUU